UGCGCACAGGGAAAAAUAAUGCGGAUUUCCGAAGCUGUGACAAUAUGACAAUAAUAAACAGCGCGCGGGAGCCUCGGGUUCGGGUUUAAACCGAGAAAUCAUGUCGAAACCAGCGACCCAGACCGGUUCCGCCGCCGCCGCUUCCAGCCUGGGGCCUUCCUCCUCCUCCUCAUCCUCCCCCUCCGCCUCCGCGCCCGCCAACGCGCUGGAGAAACCGCAGCACUACACAUAUCUGAAGGAGUUCAGGACGGAGCAGUGUCCUCUGUUUGUGCAGCAUAAGUGCACUCAGCACCGCCCCUUCACCUGCUUCCACUGGCACUUCCUCAACCAGCGCCGCCGCCGACCAAUCCGCCGCCGAGACGGCACCUUCAACUACAGCCCCGACGUUUACUGCCUCAAAUAUGACGAGGGAUCGGGCGCCUGCCUGGACGGGGACGAAUGUCCAUUUCUGCACCGGACCGCCGGGGACACGGAGCGGCGGUACCACCUGCGGUACUAUAAGACGGGUUCCUGUAUCCACGAGACGGACGCGAAAGGACACUGCAGUAAAAACGGACCACACUGUGCUUUCGCUCACGGAUCCCACGACCUUCGCUCGCCCGUCUACGACAUCAGGGAGGUGCAGUCUUUAGAGACGCCUGCUGGUUCUGGACUGUCGGACGCCGGAGCUGGAGAUGGUCAGUCUGGUUUAGUGGCGAGUACGGCUCUGAUCGAGAAGAUCCUGAGUGAAGAACCACGGUGGCAAGAUAACGGCUACGUUCUCUCUCACUAUAAAACUGAACUGUGUAAAAAGCCGCCGCGGCUGUGCCGGCAGGGAUACGCCUGCCCGUAUUACCACAACAGCAAAGACCGGCGGCGCUGCCCGCACAAACACAAAUACAGGGCUUUACCGUGUCCUUCAGUGAAGCACAGUGAUGAGUGGGGAGAUCCCAGUAAGUGUGAGAGUGGUGAGAGCUGCCAGUACUGUCACACCCGGACUGAACAACAGUUCCACCCAGAGAUCUACAAAUCCACGAAAUGUAAUGAUAUGCAGCAGAGUGGGAGCUGCCCACGAGGGCCCUUCUGUGCCUUCGCUCACCUGGAGAAGGCAAGCAUGAUUGAGGAUCAGCCUUUCCCAGAAUGCAGUUCUUCUCCUCCCUCCAUGCCCUGCUCAGACCCCGCCCCCUCAGAGAAAGGGUUUCUGGGAAGGAUCCUGUUUGAGGAGCCGUGUUGUCUGGACGCCCCUCUCUCGCCCUGGGCGGCAGAAGGGGGUUAUGGGAAAGCGCCGGGGUUCGAGAGAGAGGAUCAGGCCAAACAGAAGAGUUUUGGUUUGGAGCAUCGCAGUAAAGAUAGUGUUUCUCUACACGGCAAACCGGAGCUGUCCGUGUUCCUGCCGGUGGGCAGUCCUCUCAGCCUGUCCUCCAGCGUGCCCUCCAGCCUGGCAGCCACCCCGCCCAGCCCGGCACCUCCCGGACCCUCGGUGGGCAUGAACGCCAACGCCCUGCCCUUCUACCCCACCAGCGACACCGUGGAGUCUGUAGUGGAGUCGGCUCUGGAUGAUCUGGAUCUGAAUGCGUUUGGAGUGUCGGCGCUGGAGAAGAGUCUGGAGAGCAGCUCUAUGCCCAGUAUGGGGCUGAUGUUAGGAGGAAGUCCACAUCAGAGUUCAGCUCCAGUAAAUAUUCCUGGAUCCCUCAGCAGCCCCUCCCCAUUUAGAUCCCCCUCACCUUCUCCUCCAAUCAGAGCACACGCUUCUCCAUUUCUGUCUACCCAGUUGUCACAGCACAGCCAAUCAGAGAGCAGCUUUUUGGGAGCUUCUCAUAGUUCAUUAGGAUUGAAUGGGAUGAACAGUAGUAUAUGGGAACAUUUCCCUCCCGGACAGAGUUCUCCUGGAACUCCUCCAGCGCUGCUCUCCGCCGGCGCCGUGUUCGCCGAGACCUCCCGACUCAAACAGGAAGUGGAAGAGGCUCACAGGGUGCUGAAGCACUGGGACCACAGCUGGAGGCAGAUGUCUCAGUCGUGGGCGGUGCUGAAGGCGGAUGCUGAGGAGGCGCGGCUGCUGGCCGGGAGGUUGGGGAUGGAGGCGGAGCGAGCGCGGCAGGUGGAGGAGGAGGCGCAGCAGCAGGCGGCUCUCCUGCAGGAGGCGCUAGAGAGCCUACGCACCGCCGAGAACCCCCGCCUACAGAUCCACCAGCUGCAGCUACUGCACCGCCUCCCACUCACCUCCAUCUGCAGCCUGCAGACCCAGAUCUGCACCUGCCUGCGCUCCGUCGAGCAGGCUGUGUACAGGAAGCAGCGGUUGUGUUGUGUUUCCUGUGAGGAGCUGGGCUCGGUGGCGUUGCCAUGUCAGCAUGGCGUGUGCUGUGAGCGCUGUGCGGGUUCUGCAGAAUGCCCGGUCUGCUCCAAACACCAGCAGAACCUCAACCUUCAGCAGUCCUAAACCAGACCUACAGUUUAUCCCUGAUCCAUUCCUCCAUUCAGCCCAAACACAGGUCCACAUUAAGUCCAGAUAAAGUUCUGAUAAAGUCCAGAUUAAAUCCAGAUAAAGUCCAGAUCAGGUCCAGUUCAGGUCCUGAUAAAGUCCAGAUUAAAUCCAGAUCAUGUCCUGAUAAAGUCCAGAUCAGGACUAGAUCAGGUUCAGAUCAGGUCCAGAUUAAAUCCAGACCAGGUCCUGAUAAAGUCCAGAUUAAAUCCACAUCAGGUCCUGAUUAAAUCCAGAUCAGGUCUAGAUUAAAUCCAGAUCAGGUCCAGAUUAAAUCCAGAUCAGGUCCAGAUCAAGUUUAGACCAGGUCCAGAUUAAAUUCAGAUUAAAUCCAGAUCAAGUCUAGAUCAGGUCCAGUAGAACAGGGUUCUUUCAAGGGUUUUUUUUGGGGUAUAAAAUAUGAUCUACACUGAUCUAAUCCUCGGUUCUGAUUUACAAAAGUAUCUAAUCUCUUGUUCUGCAUCUGAAUCAUAUGUCUGAUUACCACCGACAGUAAAUUAUAUACGUUAAUACUUUAAUAUUUACUCAGAAUGAAUUAAAUAUUAAGCAGAAUAAAUGCUUUAAAGCAAAAGCAUACACUGUAUAUAUUAUAUAUACAGGAGUUGAAAAAUGAAACUGAAACACCUGGUUUUAGAGCACAAUAAUUGAUUGUGGUGACGGACAGUUCUGGUGGAAACAGGAGAGUUGAGGUGCACAUUGAAUUCUGCGUGAUUUGAUCAGCCGUGGUUUUAUGUUUUUUGGAUACAAUCCGGGUUAGCACCCGAACAUCCCUUUCAGACAGCUUCCUCUUACAGCGUCCACAGUUAAUCCUGUUGGAUGUGGUUGGUUCUUCUUGGUGGUAUGCUGACAUUACCCUGGAUACCGUGACUCUUGAUGCAUCACAAAGACUUGCUGUCUUGGUCACAGAUGCUCCAGCAAGACGUGCACCAACAAUUUGUCCUCUUUUGAACUCUGGUAUGUCUCCCAUAAUGUUGUGUGCAUUGUAAUAUUUAGAGCAGAACUGUGCUCUUACCCUGCUAAUUGAACCUUCACACUCUGCUCUUACUGGUGCAAUGUGCAAUUAAUGAAGAUUGAACACCAGGCUGCUCCAAUUUAGCCAUGAAACCUAAAAUCCCACACUAAAAUGAUGACAGGUGUUUCAGUUUCAUUCUCCAAACCCUGUAUAUAUAAUUCCACCCCUAUAAAAGAAAUGCUGCAUUCAGCUAUAUGCUAAUAGAAUAGGAAACAAAAUCUCUAUUGUUUUUGUUUGUGAUACAUUGAAAUAUCGAUAUGUGACAUCAAAUAUGGAUUUUUUUUUUUUUUUUUUAUGAAAAUAUAGGCUAAACUCUAAACUCUCUUAAAAUUAAAACUCUCCCCCUAACCAGACUUAAGCUCGAUCCAGACCGGAUUAUUUUCUCAGGGGAACAUUUGUUAAAAAAAAAAAAAUAAAUAAAUAAAUUCACUUUUCUACUCAGUGAUAAAAGUCCUGCAUCCGGACUGCAAUUGUAAAAACAGGAGGAUCAGUGAGUUUUUAGGCUUUUUUUCUCUGUCACAUGACCUCAUUGCGGUGUUCAGGAGCUCCUCUAUUUCCACUCGCUGUUGUGUUUUUUUUUUACGUGGAUCUCCGUGGAAACCGUGGAGUCCAAAGUGUAAUUACGGUGCGCGGCAGUGGACAAAUAUUUAUUUUAUUAAAGGAGAGGAGACGAAACUCAGAGAUGUGCGUCCGGACGGGACUAAAAUUACCGGAGGAGCACGGAGUUCAGAGAAAAACAGUAGAUAAUUCAGCCUGUAAUUUUCUCAGAGGACGUCUGAGAAAAACACCUACAUGAUCGUUCUGGACGAGAAUAAAAUCACAGAGGAUAAAAAAAACCCAUAAAAGAGAAAAUUACCCAGAACCCCCUGAUUAAAUAAUCCCGACCAGACAGGGCUUUACUAUAGUUACUGCUUUAUGAAAUAAAUAGGGUUGAUAAACCUGCGGUGAAGAAUAUUGGUUGUUAAAUUGAAAAAAAAAGUGAAACUGAAACCAAUAAAUCUAUAAUUCCUGGUAUUUAUUUAAUUAUUUAGGAAUAUUUUAUUCUCUUCAAUAAUGCAGAUUGUCCUGUGAUAUAUCAAAUAUCACAGAAUCACUGUAUCAAGAUGUGAUACUGUUACCGUCGACAAUAUAUCGUGAUAAUAUCAUUAUCAUGAGAUGAAUGACGCUCUUGUCGCUGAAUGCAAUCAAAUCCUCACAGCAGUUCUUCAAAUUACAGUGUAAUUUUAGUCUUUCCUUGACAAUAGAGAAACAGUUACUCCAAUAAAAGAAUAAACUCAGAAUAAACUCUUUUUAUACUCUCAAUAUCAGACGAAACACUGUAAAAAUGUAGGUAAAAGUGUCAAAAAAGUAAGUCAAUAAGUAAUUGAUAAUUGGAAUAAAUCUUAAAUAUUUUUGUUAAAUAUAAUAUUAAAACUGAUAUUUAUAUUUUUUGUAUUUAUAUGAUCUGCUGUCUGUGGUAAUUAGCAGUGCGGUAUAAAUGAGUGUUUCUUCUGCAGGAGACACUUCAGUUUCCAUAAAGAACCUUCUGAAGGUCUGAGGAUUGCCUGGAUUGACAGUUUAGCCCCUUGGUUAUAGCACAAUACAGUAUAUGUGUAUAUAUAUAUAUAUAUAUAUAUAUAUAUACAGCUCUGGAAAAAAUAGAGAGAUCACUUCAGUUUCUGAAUCUGUUUCUCUGAUUUUGCUAUUUAUAGGUUUAUGUUUGAGUAAAAUGAACAUUGUUGUUUUAUUCUAUAAACUACAGACAACAUUUCUCCCAAAUUCCAAAUAAAAAUAUUCUCAUUUAGAGCAUUUAUUUACAGAAAAUGAGAAAUGUCUGAAAUAACAAAAAAGAUGCAGAGCUUUCAGACCUCAAAUAAUGCAAAGAAAACAUAAAGUUUUAAGAGAUCAAAAAUCAAUAUUUGGUGGAAUAACCCUGAUAGUUUUAAUCAGUUUUCAUGCAUCUUGGCAUCAUGUUCUCCUCCACCAGUCUUACACACUGCUUUUGGAUAACUUUAUGCUGCUUUACUCCUGGUGCAAAAAUUCAAGCAGUUCAGUUUGGUGGUUUGAUGGUUUGUGAUCAUCCAUCUUCCUCUUGAUUAUAUUCUUCUUUUUUUCAGAGCUGUAUAUAUAUAUAUAUAUGUAUAUUUUUCUUUAUACAUAUUAUCUUUCUAGCCAUUCUAGCUAUAUAAUAUAAUCAGUAUUUUGUAUUUUGUGUAAUAUUUUUCGUCCUUCACAGAUAACGGUUUACCUAGAAUAUUCAUUUACUAAUAAAUACAUUUAAAAAAGAUGUCAAAGACAUUAUUGUCACUGUAAACAUAAUUAAAUAUAAUAUAAAUAUAUGAACAUACACUACUGGUCAGAAUUACAGAUCAAGCCAGUGAUAAGAGCUGUUUCCUACACCUUCAAACUCAGACUGUUGGAAACUGGAGAGAAAAAACUGCUACAGGAAGACGUCUGGCUGACCCACAUGGAAACAGCAGCUUUAGCCUUUAGCUCAGAUUAACAUGAUUAAGAACUGAGUCUCAGUUUCAGUAGAACUAAAGAAAAUAAUUAGAAUUAGAGUUAGUCUAAAAACCGACUAAAUAAACAAUAAGGGUGUUCUAAAACUUUUGAACCAGUAGUAUAUUUAAUAUAAAACACAAUAAAUGUGAAAAAUACAGACCUGGUUCUUUAUGGAAGCAAAAGUGGUUCAUCUGUUAGAAUAAAAAAAAAACUUGUAGAAACAGCUACAUUUUUACCAUAAAAAAGAACAGAUCUGUGAGGAGAUCAGUACUGGGCCUUUUUCCAAUUUAACAAUUAAUAAAGAUUAAUUUCGCAAUGCUCUUUUACAAUUUAAAUCUUUUUUAUUUUAAUAAUCAAUAUUAUUAAAACCGUUUGUGACCCUCUACAGCAGCUACGGCUAGUCGUUGUAUUAAUACCUGCAUUCAUCAAAAAAUUGAUUAAAGAUUGUUGUUAUAUGGCAAGUCACACAGCAUUUCAUACUGGAUAUGUAGGGCACAGUUCAGACUGGAGAGAGCAUUAUCCAUAUUCAUGUACCGUCUAAUCCCUGUACUGAGUCAGUUUAUUCCAGGGGCCCAGAAGCAAAUAACUGUUUUACUUUAUUUCAAUUUAGAAUUUCUUUUUAUUACUAAACAAAAUAUAUAUAUAUAUAUUAAUUGUGGGAACAAAAAUGUUGCGUAUGAACAUUAUGAACACUAUGCUUUCAGCUUAUAUUUCCAGUUUAUUAAUAAAAUGUGAUAAAACAUUUUAUAUAUAUAUAUAUAUAUAUACAGCUCUGAAAAUAAUGGUUCAGUUUCUGAAUCAGUUUCUCUGAUUUUGCUAUUUAUAGGUUUAUGUUUGAGUAAAAUGAACAUUGUUGUUUUAUUCUAUAAACUACAGACAACAUUUCUCCCAAAUUCCAAAUAAAAAUAUUCUCAUUUAGAGCAUUUAUUUACAGAAAAUGAGAGAAAUGGCUGAAAUAACAAAAAAAAGAUGCAAAGAAAUCAAGUUCAUAUCCAUGAAGUAGUUACGAGUUCAGAAAUAAUCAAUAUUUGGUGGAAUAACCCUGGUUGGUUUUUAAUCACAGUUUUUUUUCAUGCAUCUUGGCAUCAUGUUCUCCUCCACCAGUCUUACACACUGCUUUUGGAUAACUUUAUGCUGCUUUACUCCUGGUGUAAAAAUUCAAGCAGUUCAGUUUGGUGGUUUGAUGGUUUGUGAUCAUCCAUCUUCCUCUUGAUUAUAUUCCAGAGGAUUUUAAUUUGGUAAAAUCAAAGAAACUCAUCAUUUUUAAGUGGUAUCUUAUUUUUUUCCAGAGCUGUAUAUAUAAUAUACCGGUUUUAGGGCUUAAAGACAGUUUUAUUAAUGAGUCGACCAAUCACAGCUGCUUUUUCCAGAGCGGUCACUGGAUUAAAUAUGAAUGCCGUCUGUUUACAGAUAAAGGUAUAAGAUAGUCAGAUAAAGGCCCCUCCUCCACCAACUACGUGUGCUGUAAGCUGAUUGGCUCUUCCUAUUAAAGGGCGGGACUUUAUCCGUAAACAGACGCCAUGUGGAGUGUGAUGUGAACUCAUAUUUCCUUCAUAUUUAAUCCAGUGGCCUCCCUCGAUAUGGAGAUCUGUGCAAGUGCAGCAGCCAAAACCAUCUGACAAAUCAAAUCAAUGUAUUUGUGCUUCAAUUUUUUAAACCCUUCAGUUUGUAAUAUUUUGUGUAACUAUAAAUUACUGCCCGACUUUCCUACAAGGCUUUUGGUACCGUCCCACUUUAAGCAGUGAUAGGUUUGUUAUAAAUAACAAAUAAUAAGUGAAGAGCGUCAACGUGUUCUUUGAUUGAUGCCACAGAACAGAAAUUCCAAAUGUUUUGCAGCUCGCGAACCAUUUAACCAAAUUUAAUCUCACAAUUAUAUAUUUAACCACUUAAAACCCAAAGUUUUAACCUAAAAAAGGGAAAAUAUAAUUUAUGACUUGGCUGAAUCCCAACCCAUACAGUGUACGCAGUUGGAUUAAUGAAGAUUGGUAAAAUUUCACAGAAAAAUUCUGACAUAAGCCCAAUCAGUGAGCUUGAAUGUGUGUAUGUUUUAUUUUUGUCUUUAUUUUGCAUUAAAUCUGUCAAAAAAUUGUCUCAAAAUUGCAGAAUAGAAAAUAAGAAAUACAAUUUUUGGCCAACAGACUCUAAGCAUUAUCAUGGCAGCCCAGUGGUUGAAACCUGAAAUGUAAAAUUGAUUGGCUAUGUAUCUAUCUGUGGAUUUUCAGCCAAAAAAGGCAACUUGGCUAUCCUCAGAGCCAAUCAGAUAAUAUUCUGUAGUUAAGGAUUACAGCAGCUCUGUUAGACUCACAGUAUUUGCUGUUCGGUCGCAGGAAGCUGCAGUUCCUCGUUCAACCACUAGAUAGAGCGGAAUUCCAGUCCGAUCAGGACUGCAGGCUCAGUUCUGCCAUUCUUGUGUAGAAUGUGUAAGACAAAAGCGCCUUGUGGAGGAAAGAAUUAAGACUUUACCCCACUAACCGGAUAUCCCUCUCCAGAGUAUCCGAAGUAUCUUUCAGCCCACACAGUAGUGAAUAGCAGAGCUAACAAACAUCACAAUCCAGAGCUGCAGAUAAAUAAUAAAAUAAAAAAUAAUAUUUUGAGUUUUAGUGCUGAAGAAGCAGCUGUUUUUGCUUGAGUUUCUAAUUUAAGCUCGACAGUGCAGUUCUGUAGCUACGGGAGACUGACAGUAAAGUAUAUUUCAUGUUGUUAUUAUUAAAAUAAUAACUUAGAUGUAUAUUUUAACAGUUAAUAUGGGCAGUUUGAAGCGUUACAAUUGAUUGUUUUUGUAGUAUUGGUGCUGAAGUAAAGUAAAUCGUAAUUAUACAGAAACUAUUCACUGUUUAUUCUAAAUCAAAUCUAAAAUAAAGAGUUUUUUUUGGAAAAUAAUCUACACAAAUAUCUCCUGAAAAAUGUUUAUUUGAGUUAGUACAGUAAAUCCUUUUCAUUUAUUUACAGUCAGAACCACUUUCUGCUCCACAAAGAACCACGUUUCUUCUCUGGCAUCAAUCAAAAAACAUGUAAAGGGUUAAAUAAAGGCCCAGAAAUAGUGUUAAACAAUGACAAUCACCGCUUAUUGCCUCAGCAUUCACAGAGCAGUGCCCGAAUGCUUCCGCAAGAAACAACACAUUUACGGCAUUCGUUCACUAUCGACUACAGCGCAGCUCCUGGAUUUUAAAUGCUAGAUUUUAGUUGUUAAACUUCUGACAGAUAAAACAGUUUAGCAACAAACGAAAAGCUGACCUGAACUUUUGCAGCGUCUUUUUGUAUAAUGUUUUUUAGUGUAAAGAAAAGUUUUCUAUAGAGGAAUACGGAUCCUGUGCUCUUUCAGCAGAUUUGAGGAGAUCCAAAAAUACGGUUCAUAUUUGGAUUUUAGCGUCGAUCAGCACAGUUCGGUUUACACUCAGGUUUUUGAUUGAGGUUUUUCCUUUCUUAAAGCGUCACAUCAACGAUCUGCUAAAGGAGCGAAAAACGACAGUAUUUUACAGCAUUUAUUAAACGCUGAUUCUGUGUCACCAAAACGAUGGAAACUUUCUGCUUUUUCAUUUUUAAUGCAAGCUUUUAUUUGGUUUUGAUAUUGUAUGUGAACAGCUCUUUAGUCUAAUUUAGCCUUCUUUAAUGUGCACUGACUCCGCCCACUGAAAGAAAGGGGAACGUUUUAAUACCGUAUAUUUCGCACUAUAAGGCACACUAUCAAUAAACAUCUAUUUCCUGGUCUAUUUUCAUAUUUCCUUCUGAGACCCGUCCAUUUUUUAAUGUUAAUUUAUUUUUUAUCCUAGCUGUUUAGGAUUAGAAGGACAGAACGUGUAUAAAAGUUACUAAAACUUUGUAAAAACUAAAAUUGGACGAGAGUUUCUGUCUGGACUGGCUGUAGAAACCUUUGACUGGGAUUCCCAUAAUGUUGACCAAUAGGUCAAUGUUUUAAUAAAUGUAUCAUGGUGCAAAGACACAGAAAUGUAAAACUUCACAGAAUAAUUUUGACAUAAUUAACACUCUAAUCCCGUCAGAUAUGUGUAAUAUGCCCAUUUUGCAUAAAAUCUGAUUAGUCUUAAAAUUGCAGAACAGGAAAUAAAAGCAUUAUCACAGGAGCCCAGUGGUUGAAACUUCUAUAGAUCUGUCGACUUUUAGCCAUUUUUAGGCAAAAUACGCAAUUUGGCAAUCCUCAGAGCCAAUCAGAUAAUAUUCGAUAGUUAAGGAUUUCAGCAGCUCUGUUAGUCUCACAGUAUUUGCUGCUCGGUCGCAGGAAGGUUACCGGAAACGUCUAUUUUUUGGUCUAUAUUCAUAUAUAUUAUGCGAAACUAGUAAGGAACAGGGGUGAUGCCUACUAAGGGGCGUUUCCCUUCUAAUUCAGCACAUCAAUCUUUCUGCUGGGUGGUGGGUGGUGGGGGAAUAAUUAAUUUAUGUUAAGAUAAGCUAAUUAAGUAAACAAAACUGUAAUUCUUAAAAAAUGUAUUCAAGUCGAAUAUAUUUUGGAUGUUAAUCUGCAUAGAUUUCUCUCCUGAAAACUAAAACUGUUUAUUUGUGUGAGUAAAGCACUUCUGUUUAUUUACAGUAAGAUUUCCAGAUUUCCACUAAGGCUGGGUGCAGCAGUUUUAGCAUUAGCGCCUAGCGGCUAGCUGCACAUAGUGCUAGUAAAUGCUGCCCGACAGUGCUACACUGAGGAACCCUUGAGAGUGUUCCGGUAAGUCAGGGUGAUAUUAGGGGAUACUAGCUAGCUGUUUAUCCCACGUAGCUUGUUUUAACCUCUGAAUGGCGAAAGCUUAGCUAGCGCUUAGCACAGUUAGCGGCUAAUGCUAAUGCUAAUGUUGCUGCACCCAGCCUUAGUGCUGGAGAAACUUCAUUGAAACUCCUGUAUAAUUCCUAUACUCUGUACUUCAGCGAAGUGGCUUUUCUUGCUCCUUUAAUACCUGACUGGUAGAAUUCACAAUAUACACAAUAUAUAUAUGAUUUUUUUAAAAAUUAAAGGAUUUUAAGUUUUAAGUGCGCCUUAUAGUGCGAAAAAAAUAUGGUAGGUUAUUUUGAGAGUGGGUGGGGCUAUACAGACCUUUAGAACAAAUCUGACACAAUACUGUACAGUUUUGAUAUGGUUUUGGUGGGGCGGGGCUGUAGUUUAAGGUUCAUUUUUAAGGUUAUGUUAGAAUUUAGAUAAAUCAGUUUAAAGCUUAGGUUAAUUUUGGAGCUCCUCAGUUUCAGAGCUUCAGCGCUGAGUUCUGUAGUCGUCUGCUCCAAACCGCUCAGCUACAGUGUUCUGAUUUUGUACGAGACAAUAAACAAAUGUAUAUUUUUGGAUGAAAAA